AUGGUCUUUCCAUUCCAGACACACAAAUCUCUUUUUCUCAUCCUACUGUUCAAUGUCCCACUUCCCAGCACAUGUCAGACCACACUGAAUGCCAGCACCCUCAACCAAAUCAUCCCUCCCAGUGCUGCCACUAGCUCUAAUGCUAUCCCAGAUACCACCACUAACAAUCCCACUGUAAAAUCCACUAUCAACCAAGGCACCACUUCCUUCCUCCAGCGCAACUCUUCCUCAAACUCUACUUCCCAGGAUGCAAUCCUGGGAUGUGGGGCGGAUCUGGACCCCGUGUACUCCUACCUGUGUGACCGUCAGGCGGCGUGGGGUAUCGUGGUGGAGAGCCUGGCCUCACUGGGUUUUGUGGUCAGUUCAGGGCUGCUGGUGGGGCUGCUGUUCUGGACCCUGUGGAUGUGUGUGUCGUCCCGCCAGCGCAGGGGCAUCGGGGGGAGCGUAGCCUCCAUGGCUCUGUUCCUGCUCAGCACGGCGGGGGUCUUCGCCCUGACCUUUGCCUUCGUCAUCCGCCUCACCACCCAGACAUGCCCCACGCGCCUCUUCCUGUUCGGGGUGCUGUUCUCCCUGGCUUUCUCCUGCCUGCUGGCGCGCUGCCUGGCCCUGCUGGGCUUCUCUGUGGCCCGGGGCUGGGGGGAGGCUGGGGUGGCCCUGGCCCUCUUCACCCUCCAGGUGGUCAUCGCUACAGAGUGGCUGAUCAUCGUGCUGCUGCGGGACGGCCAUCCCUGCCAGUACUUCCAGGGGGAGUAUGUCAUGUUGCUCAUCUACGUGCUGGUUCUGCUGGCCGCCGGCCUGGUCCUCUCCCUGUGCUGCCUCUGCCGCUCCUGUCUCACCUACAGCUACAGCUACAGCGGGGGCAGCCGCCGACAGAGCCAGGUCCAGGCCACGCUGCUCUGCCUCACCCUGCUGCUGUCUGCUGCCAUCUGGGUGGUGUGGAUCGCCCUGCUGACCUGGGGUAACAUGGAAAUGGGCCGGCGGCCGCAGUGGGAUGACCCGGUGCUGAGUAUAGCCCUGGUGGCCAACGGCUGGGUCCUGCUUCUGGGCCACGGACUAGCCCAAGUGGUUCUCCUCUGCAGGUGGGAGGCCAGCUCAAAGGAGGGCCCCUUAGACUUUGGCGGAUGGACCAGUCCCAACGCCAACCUGCCAGGUCUGGGGAGCCUGAAAGAAGGGAGGGAGAACAGAAGCUUUGAGAACGACGGCAGAAAACAAGACCCCGUUUUCCAAUCACCAUAUGAGUCUGGAUUCUCAAUGACAGAAAUAGAUCCUGGCAAAGAUUACUCCAUCCCUCGUCCUCAGACCACCAACAUCAGCGAGCCCUAUGAUGUAUACUAUGGACACAUCCUGUCUGAUUAA